AACGGACGAACCGUGACCCGGCCUAGCCACGCAAAUUUAUCGAGCCAAAAACCGGGGAUUGAGUAUUUCCACGCAGGGGUUAAUGCAAAUCGAGUAGCCAAACAAGCCCCCAUCUGUUCUUGCCUUUUUAUUUUGCAAAUUUUCAAUUUUUCUUCCGCUUCCUCUUUCCUCUUCUCCGGCGGCGUUGUCCUUCGCAUUUCUCCAAUCCUCUCGAUUCGCUACUCGAAGAUGUGAAAUGGAAGAGAUCGAGCAGCAGACGAUCAGUUCGUGAUCUACAAGGUCCCGAUUCAGGCUUCUGCGGAUUCGUCCUCUCCGGCAUUCGAUCGAUCGCUGAGGGAGCCGAGGCGAGAACCGAGUCCUCAUGUCAUUCUCAUUCUUCAGGCCUUCGAGGCCUAAAACGCCGCAGGAACUGGUGAAGGCGACCAAGGACAGCCUCGCCGCCCUCGAUACUAAAACCGUCGUUGAAGUUAAAGCCCUCGAGAAGGCUCUGGAAGAAGUUGAAAAGAAUUUUCAGACGAUUAGAUGCAUGCUCUCUGGAGACGGGGAGGUCGAGCCGAAUCCGGAGCAGAUAUCCCAGCUGGCCCUUGAAGUAUGUAAAGAGGAUGUCAUAGCUCUUAUAAUCCUCAACUUGCAUAUCCUGGGAUGGGAGACUAGGAAGGAUAUCGUCUACUGCUGGUCCAUACUGCUAAAACAGAAGGUCGGCUCCACUUAUUGCUGCAUCGAGUACAUUGAAAACCACUUUGAUCUACUAGACUCCCUCGUUAUAUGCUAUGAUAACAAGGAAAUCGCUGUGAAUUCUGGAAACAUGUUGAGGGAGUGCAUCAAAUUCCCCACGCUUGCAAAGUACAUACUAGAGUCUGCAAGCUUCGAAUUGUUCUUCAAAUUUGUAGAGUUGCCUAAUUUUGAUGUUGCUUCUGAUGCAUUUACUACCUUUAAGCAGGAUUUGCUUACAAAGCACGGAGAUAUUGUGGCAGAGUAUCUAGAUGGUCACUAUAAUGAGUUUUUCACUCUAUAUGAAAAACUUCUGACAUCUUCUAAUUACGUCACGAGAAGGCAAUCAGUGAAGCUCCUUUCGGAGUUUCUCUUAGAGCCUCCUAAUUCCCACAUAAUGAAGCGAUACAUCUUGGAAGUCCGGUACUUUAAAGUCAUGAUGAUGUUGUUGAAGGAUACAAGCAAAAACAUUCAGAUAUCUGCUUUCCAUAUUUUCAAGGUUUUUGUUGCUAAUCCUAACAAGCCAAGAGAGGUGAAGGUUAUCUUGGCAAAGAACCAUGAGAAAUUGGUCUCAUUGCUUCAUGAUCUCUCGACCGGCAAAGGUGCGGAUGAUGAACAGUUUGAUGAAGAAAAAGAGCUAAUCAUCAAGGAAAUCGAUAGAGUGUCCCGCCUUCCAAAUCUCGAACACUAGACCAUCAUUCCUGUGAAAGAUCCCUGUUAUCUUAAUUCUUCAUUCUUCAUCACGUCCACGCGACUAUCCUGCCUGAUCUAUCUACUCAGAAUAUGUUCCCGAAGGGAGAGAAAUAGACGUGCAUUGAUGUACAGGAAGAGACUAUGCUUGUUAUGCGUGUGCUUGGCUUUGAGCGACCGUAAUAUACAUGUCGAGCUGCUUCUUGGUGUACGAGUUGAGUUUGGUUUGAGUGGUCAAGCGUUGAAAUCGUGUAAUUAUUACUGUGAUGGAGUUACAUGUUUUUGAUUCUUACUAGUUUUUGAUUCUUAUAUAUAUGGGCUUGUUCUUGGUUAU